AUGUUUCUAUCCCUCCUUUCAGCCCUCUGUCUGGGCCUGCCACUUAGCUAUGCCUAUCCAUGCGGAACUCAGGACCGCCAACGCCCCAUCGUCACCCUCAGCGAUGGCAUAGUGAUGGGGAAAGCCAGCCAAGUCCCAUCGGCUCCCCAUCUUACGGUUCACCAGUACCUAGGCGUUCCUUUUGCCGAGUCUCCACCCAAGCGCUUCUCACCCCCAGAGGAUCCUGCCCCCUGGAGCUCUUCCUGGGAUGCAAGCUAUUUCCGCCCCUCGUGUAUCCAGCAUUUCCCAGGUGAUGAGUUUCGGGCCAUAUUCAACACCCCUCCACUUCCAGAAAGCGAAGAUUGCCUGUAUCUCAACGUCUUUACUCCUUCAAACGUUCCUUCUGAGGGCUUGCCAGUGCUCUUUUGGAUUCACGGGGGCAGCUUCUCGCUCGGGUCGGCCCGCGUCCCAGAUUUUGACGGUUCCUCAUUUGCCGCUAACCAAGGUGUCGUGGUUGUUACCAUUAAUUACAGAAUGAACGUCUUUGGCUUCCCGGGAUCUUCCGCAAUUCCACUAGAGCAGCGAAACAUUGGGCUCAUGGAUCAGCGAAAAGCACUUUCCUGGGUCAACAAGAACAUUCGAGCUUUCGGUGGUGACCCAUCAAAAGUCACCAUAUUUGGCGAGUCGGCUGGUGGUUGGUCAGUCAAGCAGUUGCUCAUCAACCCCCCAUCUCCUCCUCAGUUCCGUGCCGCCAUUCUGCAGAGUCAGGCCUUUGGACCCCAAGCCGAUAACGAAAAGUCGUGGGACAUAUUGUUAGAAGAGUUGAACUGCAACAAAUCCAGCACGACUUCCUCAGACCUCGAAUGUGUCACGAAUGCUGAAGUCGAUUCCAUCCGAAAAGUGCUGAAGAAUCGUGGGCUUGCGUUCAGCCCAAUCUUCGACAACUCCACAAACGGCCCAGUUUUUCUUGAUGCUAUCAACCAAAACUUAACUGCCCAGGUUCCCAUUCUGAUUGGAACCAACGCUGAUGAAGGAUCCGUCCUGGCAUCUGUCAUGCCCCCUCCGGAACUGCUGCUCGAUGGCAUAUUCGGAAACGACACGGCUUCCAAACGUCUGGCUCGUUCAGCAUACCCAUCUGACGCCACCGACUAUGAGCUGAAGUCCCUUAUCACCACCGACUACACAUACACAUGCACUACGUCUAUGAUUGCACGUACUGCAGCCAGUGCUAGGCAACAGGUCUGGCGAUACUACUUCAAUGCCAGCUUUCCCAACAACCAGCCCUUUCCCGGGGCAGGAGUAUGGCACACAUCCGAGAUUCCUCUUGUUUUUGGAACGUACAAAGAAGAUAAUCGGACCACUGCAGAACAAAGGCGGCUCAGUAGAACGAUGCAGCAAGCUUGGGGAGAUUUUGCCAAGUCUCCAGAAUUGGGUCCGGGGUGGGCUGCAGUCGGCACGGGAACGAAUGAUCUGAGGCUUUUUGAUGCAGGGGAGGCUAUCUUCGGGCAAAGUGUUGAGUCCAAGGCCGUUAAUGAGAUUUGCACGUAUUACGAUGCGGAACUCAUCACAAAUGGGUUCUAA